UUGUUUAAUUUUAAAUAUUUUGGUACCGUCAUACCGAAGUCCGGACCCAAUCCCUAGACUUUUACCAAAUAGCAUCGGUUCUAGUUUUAAUAUAUACUUUAUAGGUAUUACUAUAAUUUAAUAAAGUUAUGUCUAUUAAUGAACAAAAUGCUUCAGAGUUAGAACUGCAACACGUUCAUAAUGUUUAUGAAAAUAUUGCAUCGCAUUUCAGUGAAACGAGACAAAAACCUUGGCCAAACGUAGUUAAAUUUUUGAGUAAGGCGGUAAUAGGCUCAAUAAUUCUGGAUGUAGGUUGUGGAAAUGCAAAAUAUUUUACAGACACUUUUAAUAUUUUUCAGUUGGGAUGCGACAGAAGUAGACAGCUAGCUGAAAUUUGCAGAACUCGUAAUCAUCAAGUGUUUAACUGUGACUGCCUACAGUUACCGGUUCGUUCAAACUGUAUUGACUUUUGUAUAAGUAUAGCUGUACUCCAUCAUUUGGCAACACCAGAUCGUCGUUUAAAAGCCCUAACAGAAAUCUGCAGAGUACUGACGGUAGGAGGCCAAGCUCUUGUAUACGUGUGGGCAAAAGAACAGAAAAGGAAUUCGUCUCUGUCUACUUAUUUGAAACAGAGCAAGACGAAUAAAAUAAAUACAGAAACCCUGAAUGAGGGUCAAUCAAAUAAAAAUUAUCAUAUUAACCAAAUCAAAGUAGAUCUUCCUGUGCAUACAAAUAGGUCUAAUUUUAUUCACAACGAUUUGUUAGUACCGUGGAAAUUGAAUCAGAAAAAACUGGAAGGUAAUGAUCCUAAAACACAUUUAAGAUACUACCAUGUUUUUGAAGAAACGGAGUUGAGAUUGUUAUGUGAACAAAUUCCAAAUUGUAAAAUAGUAGACUAUUACUAUGACCAAGGUAAUUGGUGUAUAAUUUUUGAAAAACUAAUUUGAAAAUUACAAAUAGUAUAAUAAUAUUUGUAAUUGGAUUGAAAACUGCUUGUCUAGUAUUAUAAAAUAAUACUAAUAAUACUAAUUGUACAGUCAACAAUAAAAAUAACUUGACUAUUA